AUGGCAGAAGAUGGGGAUAUUGAGUCUGCUUUGAUUCCAAGUCUGUAUAAGCCAUCCGCUUUACUACCAAUCGCACAACUCAAAGAUCAACUGCUCUACACGAUAGAGACGUACCCUGUGACUAUUGUUGUCGGCGAAACAGGCAGCGGCAAAACAACGCAGAUACCAAAAUUUCUGCUUGAGGCGGGUUGGUGCAAUGGCGGCCAGCAGAUAGCCAUCACCCAGCCCCGGCGGAUAGCAUGUACCAGUGUAGCUGCAAGAGUGGCAGAGGAACUAGCGACACCGCUCGGCCAGAAAGUCGGAUACAGCAUCCGGUUCGAAGAUGUUACGUCCGCAGCCACAAAUGUAAAGUUCGUCACAGAUGGGCUGUUACUACGCGAGAUGCUCGUCGAUCCGCUACUCUCCCGGUACUCCGUUAUCAUGGUUGACGAAGCACAUGAGCGCAGCUUGUCAUCCGAUAUACUGCUGAGUCUCUUGAAGAAAGUACUGGUGAAAAGAGAAGACUUGCGCGUCGUUGUGAGCAGCGCUACACUUGAGGCCGAACGCUUUCUUGACUUCUUCAGUCCCGAUCAAGGCGAGAAGGUUCAUGGCAAGAGCAAGGAAGAAUUCGGAUGCAUUGUUGGCAUCGAAGGACGCACAUAUCCAGUUGAGAUUCAAUACUUACAGGAACCAACAAACAACUACGUCGAAGCAUCAAUCGACACAGUCAUCAAGAUCCACGAGCAUGAGAGCGAAGGUGACAUUCUCGUCUUUUUGACAGGGCGCGAGGAAAUAGAUGACGCGAUUGACAAGCUGGGCGACCGUAUUGCCGAUAUGUCUUCGUCUCAGCAAAGACUCAUGCCUUUACCUCUCUAUGCCGGCCUGCCCACAGAAGACCAGAAUCUCAUCUUCACAAAGCCACCGCAAAAUACGCGACGCGUCAUCUUCAGCACCAAUAUCUCAGAGGCGUCUGUGACCAUUGAUGGCAUCGUCUUCGUGAUAGACUCAGGAUACGUCAAGCUCCGCGCCUACAACGCCAAUAUCGGCAUCGAAAAUCUCGCCGUUGUCCCGGUAUCGAAAGCCAGUGCCACACAAAGAGCAGGUCGCGCAGGUCGAACGAGACCGGGCAAGUGCUUUAGACUGUACCCAGAGAGCGUGUAUGAAGGCCUGGAGGAAGCCACGUUCCCAGAGCUCGCCCGCUCAAACCUCGCCCCUGUAAUCCUGCAGCUUCUUAACUUGGGAAUCACAAACGUAGUGCGAUUCGACUACCUCUCCCCACCACCAUCAGCACUCGUGACACGCGCUCUAGAUAUGCUGUACUCUCUGGGGGCCUUGGACGCUCACGCUCGGCUUACAAAGCCCUUUGGUAUGCGUCUGGCAGAGCUUCCUCUCGAACCAAUGCUUGGGCGCGCUGUGUUGAAAGCGGCUGAACCAGAGUUUGGUUGCUUGAGCGAGAUGCUCACGAUAGCCGCUAUGAUGACGCUCCAAGGCAACGCCUUUGUAUCCCAUGAUGGGGGAAAGAAACAGCUCGAUGCAGCGAGGCGGAAAUUUGCCGUAGCAGAGGGUGAUCAUCUUACACUAUACAACGUGUACGAAGCCUUUGUGAAAGCUGGUAUGGGCAACACGGCAUGGUGCCACUCGAACAGUCUUAAUCACAAGUCCCUCGUCAAGGCAGUCAGUGUCCGGAAACAAUUGGCUGCCUAUCUGGACCGUUUUGGCGUCAAGGAAAAUGUUCUCGCAUCAUCGGGUGUACUGAGAGUUGGUGGCACCCCACUUGCGGAGCGUGUCCGCCGCUGUUUGACUACCGGGUUCUUCGCGCAUGCUGCGAGGAUGAAGGCAGACGGGACUUUCACCACCGUGGACGGGAAGACGACACUAUGGGCUCAUCCAAGUUCUGUGUUCUUCACGAGGAAGGCUGAUUGGGUUAUAUACACGGAGAUUCAGUCUACAAAAGACAAAAUCUACAUCAGAGAUUUGAGUACAGUGGAUAUGGACUGGCUGACAGAGUAUGCGCCAGAGUACUACAAGAUCAAGAACGGCGGUUGA